UGUUUUCAAUAAGUAUUGAACGAUCAAUGUAUACAUGUAUUUCCGUGGCAGAGUCCAAGUGCAACACGAACCUUGGUAUGUCACUGUGAGACGAAAACUUUACGAAACUCGUUCAGAUUUUAAGUUUUCGACGCAAUUUCUUUCUGCAGUGAUUGUGUCCCUCAUCCUCGUUUAUCAGUUAACUAUUGUAUUUGCCACGUUAAUAACAGCUCUCAAGAAAAUGUUUGAGACUAGUAAAUACCCAAGCAACAUCAUAUCGAUGACUUUACUUGAUUACUAUUUGGCAGCUACAUUUAUUGCUUCUUUCAUUGCCAUUCUACAGCUAUUGAUGUUUAUCAAAAGCCACAGGUCUGAUGUUCUGAAAACAUACCAAACCAAAGAAGGUCAGCUACCAGACGAACGAGCCACUAAACCCAAAAUGCUUGUGGGCAAAAGUCUUCGAUUUUGUGGAUAUCAAAUUGCAUUCACAGCAAUUGGUAUGGUAUUUCUUGCCAUCUCUACUUUCUUCCUUCUUCUUCCUAUUUGUGUAUUAAAGAUUGUACACGACUUG